ACGCUGCGGCCACCGCCGGCGUUCCCACUCCCGGCUAGGCCCCGGCUGCAAACCGCAGCCGGGGCCGCGGGAGGAUGCGGCGGCUGGUGCGGGUGGCGUUGCUGUGCCUGGGCUGCGGUUUGUGCUCGUUGCUCUACGCCUUCAGCCAACUCGCUCUGUCGCUCGAGCAAGAGGCGCCCCGACGCCAGGGGGACUCCGCCUUUCCCGUCAGGAGGCAGCUGAGUGGCGGCGGCGGCGGCGGCGGCGACGUGGUGGUCGGUGGCUGGAGGGCCGUGGCGGGAAGCGCAGGCCGCAGCGAACGAAAGCAGCUGCUGUUGAUGCCAGAAAGGUGUAAGCAUGUGUCUGUAUCUUACUGGAAUUCCUAUUGGAUGCUGCCCUCUGAUGUUUGUGGAAAGAACUGCUUUUGGGAAGCUGCUCGUAGAUAUGAUUUUCUGAAAAUGCCUUCUGAGAAGAUGCACUUGGCAGUGGUAGCCUGCGGUGAAAGAUUGGAGGAGACUGUUACUAUGUUGAAAUCAGCUAUUAUUUUCAGCAUCAAACCUCUACAAUUUCAUAUUUUUGCAGAAGACCCAUUACACAGUGAUUUUAAAGGAAAGCUUAAUAGUUUGGGUUAUCAAGAAAAAUUUAAUUAUACUUUAUACCCCAUCACAUUUCCAACUGAGAAUGCAGCAGAAUGGAAGAAACUGUUCAAGCCCUGUGCUUCUCAAAGGCUUUUCUUGCCAUUAAUCCUUAGUGAUGUGGACUCUCUUUUGUAUGUUGACACCGACAUCUUGUUCUUAAGACCUGUUGAUGAUAUUUGGUCUUUCCUGAAAAAAUUUAAUUCUACUCAAAUUGCUGCAAUGGCACCAGAACACGAAGAGCCUCGUAUUGGAUGGUAUAAUCGCUUUGCUAGGCACCCAUAUUAUGGAAAAACUGGAAUAAAUUCUGGAGUAAUGUUAAUGAAUAUGACCCGCAUAAGAAGAAAGUAUUUCAAGAAUGAUAUGACAACAGUACGAUUACGGUGGGAAGAAAUUCUCAUGCCAUUGCUGAAAAAAUACAAAUUGAAUAUAACGUGGGGUGAUCAGGAUCUUCUGAACAUUAUGUUUUUUCAUAAUCCAGAAAGCCUUUUUGUUUUUCCUUGCCAAUGGAACUAUCGCCCAGACCACUGUAUUUAUGGAAGCAAUUGCCAGGAGGCUGAAAAGGAAGGAAUAUUCAUCCUUCAUGGAAAUAGAGGUGUUUACCAUGAUGAUAAACAACCAGCUUUUCGAGCUUUGUAUGAUGUAAUAAAAAAUUAUUCAUUCGGUGAUGACCUGGUACAUGCCUUGCUGCUACCCCUUGAACUGGAACUACAAAAGACACAGCAUACUUACUGUGGAAGAAUAUACAAAGUGUUCAUAAAACAGCUAACAAAAAGCAUAAGGGAUAUUUAUGAUAGAAGAUCUAAGGGGAGGUGAUCAUUACCGGCUUUCCAAACUUCUGAAUUAAACAAGUCAGAUAUGGGAGUAUAUAUGAUGCCUGUAGGAUAUUCAUGAAAGAAAUGACAUAUUUUCCGAAUCGGUUCUUUCUUAUAUUCCCAGAUGUAUCUCCCAGUGUGGACAAAAUGAAGAUGCUGUUCAUCUUGAAGAUUUUUUUUGCAGGAAAAAAGCAUGCUGCCAAGAAUGUUUGAAGUUCAGUUAGUGCACAUUUUCAUUACAGUGAAUAAGUAUUACUGAGUUUUGUAUUCAGGUUUAUUUUACAUAAUUCAGUUGCUUUAAAACCUCAAAUGAGUCAGAUAAAAAUGAAGGUCUUUAUACUUCAGGUAUGACAGUAUAUGUUGUCGUACCUAAUUUUAAAUUCUGCUAAACUGUGAAUGUAGCAAUAAUGGAGUCAGCACUAACCUCACUUUAAAAAUGUGAGAAUAAGAUGUUUACAAAGCUCAAAAGUUAUUCUAUUUUCAAAGGAAUGUGAUGUGACUGAUGACAAUCUAUAUGUGCCUUUCUUUUCAUCUCUUUAUAUUUUAAAAUAUUUUGACAAUCAUGUUUUACAUAUAUAUUAGCUGUAAACUGCACAUGGUAGACACGGGACUUCCGUUCUAAACAGGAAUACCUAGUGGAAAUAGACCUAGUUUUAUAUCUGUGGCUCAUGGUAUAUUGCUGUUAUAAUA